AACAGAAGACGAAGAAGAAGAGAGAAGACCUAAAACACUCUAUCAAAACCCUGACUGACGGCCGCGCUUAAACCUCUCUCUAGAGGCAAGACCUGCAGCUCUUUUCGAGUUCGCAUCUCUUCUUCUCUUUCUUCUCUAUCAGGAAACCCUAAUUUCAUUCAACAAAGGAAAGAGAAAACUAAUAGGAGAUUGGUUGUAUUUUUUAGGGUUUUUGUUUAUUAUUAUUGAGAAUCUUAAUGGAGAAACUGAUAAUACAUAAGAAUACAACAUCAGUAGAUUGGAAACCAUCACCUAUUAUUGCAUUAGCUACUAGUAUUGAUAAUUCUAAAGUUGCUGCUGCUCGUGAAGAUGGGUCUUUAGAGAUUUGGCUUGUUUCACCUGGUUCUGUUGGUUGGCAUUGUCAACUGACUAUACAUGGAGACCCUAAUUCGAGAGUUUCUUCACUUGUUUGGUGUCGUUCCAACUCCAAAACGAUGCCGGCUGGUCGUUUGUUGUCAUCUAGCAUUGACGGAUCCAUUUCAGAAUGGGAUCUUUUUCAUUUAAAACAAAAGAUUAUUUUAGACAACAUUGGAGCAUCAAUAUGGCAGAUGGCUGUAGAACCUCUUGACGAAUCUUUAAUUCCCACACAAAAUGAUACCCAGCGAGCAGUCAAUGGACAUGCAACUAAUGCUGUUAGUGCUCUUAGUGACGAUGACACUAGCGAAAGUGAUGAUGAUAAUGAUGACAUUGAAUUGCAUCCAAUGCUUGAAGACCCACGUCUAGCUAUUGGCUGCGAUGAUGGUUGUGUUCGAAUUUAUAUUGUUUCUGAUUCAGAUGAGUUAACUUACAACAGGACGUUGCCUAGGGUUAGUGGGCGUGUUCUAAGUGUUGCAUGGAGUCUCGAUGCUAAGUCAAUAUUUUCAGGGAGUAGUGAUGGAUUUAUAAGAUGCUGGGAUGCCCAGACGACUCAUGAGGUCUAUAGGAUAACAGUUGGAACGGGAGGAUUGCGUGACGGAUCAGAUCUUUGUGUGUGGUCUUUAAUUUAUCUAAAGUCUGGUACUCUGGUUAGUGGAGAUAGUACUGGCAGUGUUCAGUUUUGGGACGGUGAACAAGGAACACUUUUGCAGGCACAUUCUUGCCACAAGGGUGAUGUCAAUGCUUUGGCACCUUCUCCUAGUCAUAAUAAAGUAUUUUCUGCUGGUUCUGAUGGUCAGGUAAUCCAAUAUAAGCUCUCCAGUGAUACCAUAGAGUCUGGCAAUGAUAGGUCUUCUACAGCGGUGGUGAAGAAGUGGGUCUAUGUUGGUUAUGUAAGAGCUCACACUCAUGAUGUCAGAGCCUUGACGGUAGCAGUUCCUAUUGACAGAGAAGAGCUAAUACCUGAUAAAAAGCUAAAAAGAGAACGUCGUCGUCGGGACCCCUAUGAUUUCAGUUACCGGAAGUGGGCGCAUUUGGGAGUCCCCAUGCUAAUCUCUGCUGGUGAUGAUACAAAGCUCUUUGCAUACUCUGCUCAGGAGUUCACCAACUUUGCCCCACAUGAUAUUUGCCCUGCACCUCAACGAGUGCCCAUCCAGUUGGUGCACAACACACUCAUAGAUGGUGCUUCUAUGAUAUUAGUUCAGAACUCCAACUCUCUGGAUGUUUCACUUGUUCACUCAAAGAGUGGCAUGGGCUCUAAAGGGAGCGCAAGCACAUCGUUGCUUACUAGCAUUAAGAGCCGAUCGAAGAUAAUAUGCAGUGCCAUCUCUUGUAGUGGAUUGUUGUUUGCAUACUCCGACCAUGAGAAACCUAACCUUUUUGAAUAUUCAAAAGCUGAAAAAAAGGCUUCCAUCACUAAAAAGAAGUUAUCUCGUAAACUUCCAUUUGCGCAUUCGAUGGUUUUCAGUGCCGAUUCUUCGAAGUUGAUUAUCGCAGGACAUGAUAGAAAGAUUUACGUUGUGGAUGUUGAAAGUACAGAAAUUUCGCAUACUUGCACACCUUGCCGGAAGGACGCUGACAAUGAUUUGCCACCUGGUGAGCCACCUAUAACAAGGAUGUUUGUCAGUUCAGACGGACAGUGGCUGUCUGCUGUUAAUUGUUUUGGUGAUAUAUAUGUCUUCAAUCUUGAAACACAAAGGCAGCACUGGUUUAUAUCUCGGUUGGAUGAGGCUUCUGUUACUGCUGGGGGUUUCAUGAUUACCCCAGAAUAUGGCAUUGUUCUUAUCAUUACAACUUCUACAAACCAAGUAUAUGUAUUUGACGUGGAGGUGAAACAAUUAGGACCGUGGUCGAUUCGCCAUACUAAUCUUCUUCCCAGAAGAUUUCAGGAAUUUCCAGGGGAGAUUAUUGGGAUGUCCUUCCCUCAAUCAUGUUCAACUUCAGUGCUUAUCUACAGCGCCAGGGCAAUGUGCUACAUCGACUUUGGGAAGCCAGUGGUUCAAGAUGAUGACGACAACAGUUUGGUAAAUGGAGUAUUAGAUUCAUCAUCAGAGGUUCCACAAGCUAAUGGUAAUGGUAAGGUGAACCACAAAAGAAAAAGAGAAAGCAAAAAGAACUUUAACUUCAAUUUUAGUCCUUUCAAAGAUCCUGCUCUAUUUGUGGGGCAUCUGUCGGAGAGUUCAGUAUUAGUCAUAGAGAAACCAUGGAGGGAAGUGGUUCAAGGUUUUGAAGCUCCUCCAGUCCACAGACAUAUUUACGGGUCUUAAGUUUCCGUGCCCUAGUCAUGUACUACCAUCAAGAAGGGAGUUCAGUUGUGGCCUUGAGUAUCCCUUUUUUCUUUUUGUUCUUCUCUUGUUCUGGUCACCGUGAAAUGUUCAAUGUAAAAUAUUUUUAUAUGUUCUUUCUAGGGCUUGUUUCUCAGCUGGUAUUCACACUUGUCAGCUUUUUGUUCUCUUUUCCCAUAGGAUGAUUAUGCCUUGCUGUUCUUGAACUACAUCUAUUUUUGUAUCUGUUCCUCUGUUUUAUUGUUCAUUGCUCAGAAUUAUAGAAAUUUAAUUAUCAAAAUCUCCUUGUAAAGGGGCAUUUCACUUUCU